CUCUGUGUGUGUAACGCCCCCUGACUUUGUCAGUAGCAGUCAGUGCUGCAGCUCGUCCCUCAAGUAAUUUACAACUCGGGAACACAAGAGACAACAUCUCUGUCUCGCACAGAGGAUCCGCUGGAGGAUGAAUUGAAACUUUUUUUUUUAGAACUUCCAUUUCUUGUUUUGUUUUAUAUUUUUUAUCUUUUACCGUAAAGGGGGAACACAAGGUCGGAUCUAUGAAAAAGCCACGUGGAUUAGUAAAACCGUGUUAAAGCCGAAGGAAUGUAUAAUUUCUUUGCCAAACUAACUUUCCUGUUGUCGCUAAUCGGACAUACACGAGGCCUGGGAUGCCCGAAUGAGCCGUGUUUGAACCAGGAGACAUGUGAAACGACCAAAGAUGGAAACAAGUGCAAAUGCCAAGGAUUCGUAGGAAACCGUUGCCAGUUUCGCGAUCCGUGCAUCUCCUCGCCAUGCCUGAACGGCGGCAUGUGUCGAGGGGUCGCCAGCAAGAACACGGUGGACUUCAGCUGCACCUGCAAACCAGGAUACACUGGUUGUCGCUGUGAGACACCGGUCCACAACUCCUGCCCCACCGUACCAUGUCGCAACGGAGGCACCUGUGAGCCAGACGGCCUCCAGGCCUACAGGUGCCGCUGUCCACCUGGAUGGUCAGGUAAACAGUGCCAACAAGCUGACCCCUGUGCCUCGAACCUAUGUGCCAAUGGCGGCCAGUGCUGUGCCAUCGAGUCCCAUUACGUUUGCACCUGCACGCCAUUCUUCUCGGGGAAGACCUGCACACAGGACGUCAACGAAUGCAACGUGAACCCGUCACCCUGCAAGAACGGCGGCAUGUGCGUCAACGAAUUUGGCGGGUACCGAUGCCAGUGCCCUCAGGAGUACAGGGGCACUCACUGUGAGAGCUGCUACCUGCCCUGCAGCCCGUCACCCUGCCAAAACGGAGGCACCUGCAUUCAGAAAGGAAAGACCAGCUACGAAUGCUCUUGUGUACCAGGUUUUAGUGGUAAAAACUGCAACUACAACAUCGAUGACUGUCCCAACCACGAAUGCCAAAAUGGAGGUACAUGUGUGGAUGGAGUCAACACCUACAACUGCCAGUGUAAACCAGAGUUCACAGGUCAGCUCUGCACAGAGGACGUGGACGAGUGCCAACUGAUGCCCAACGCCUGUCAAAACGGCGGGACGUGCCACAACACCUACGGCAGCUACCAGUGUGUGUGUGUCAACGGGUGGACCGGCGACGACUGCAGCGAGAACAUCGACGACUGUGCCAGCGCUGCGUGCCACACCGGGUCCACGUGUCACGACCGCGUUGCCUCCUUCUUCUAUGAGUGUCUCAUUGGUCGCACAGGUCUGCUGUGUCAGCUGAAAGAUGCCUGCAUCAGUAACCCCUGUCAAAAAGGCGCCAACUGUGACACCAACCCUGUCAAUGGAAACCAUUUUUGCACCUGCCCCUCUGGAUAUUUCAGGGCUUCCUGUGAUCAGGAUGUUGAUGAGUGUGCUCUGGGCCCCAACCCCUGUGAACACGUGGGCAAGUGUAUCAACACCAAGGGUUCGUUCCAGUGCAAGUGCCUGCAGGGCUACGUGGGCCCGCGGUGCGAACUGGACAUUAACGAGUGCAUGUCCAACCCCUGCAUGAACGAAGCCACCUGUCUGGAUCAGAUUGGAGGGUUCCGCUGCAUCUGCAUGCCAGGCUACGAGGGGGAGUUCUGCCAAAUCGAUACAGACGAGUGCGCCAACAACCCCUGCGUGAACAACGGCAGGUGUAUCGACAAGAUCAACUCCUUCGACUGUCAGUGCCCCACAGGCUUCUCUGGGACCCUCUGCCAGAUAGACAUCGACGAGUGCGCCAGCACACCGUGCAAAAAUGGCGCCAAAUGCACAGACGGGCCCAACAAAUACACCUGCGAGUGCACUGAAGGUUACAGCGGGAGACACUGUGAGACCGACAUCAAUGAGUGCUACUCCGACCACUGCCACUACGGCAUCUGCGUCGACGGCCUCGCCUCCUUAAGCUGCUACUGUAACCGGCCGUGCAAGACCGCCGGCACCUGCCAGGACCAGGAGAACGCCUACAUGUGCAGCUGUCCUAAGGGAACCACAGGAGUGACCUGUGAAAUCAACAUUGACGACUGCAAGAGCAACGCCUGUGACUACGGGACGUGUAUCGACAAACUCAACGGCUACGAGUGCGCCUGUGAGCUGGGCUACACCGGAACCAUGUGUAACAUCAACAGCAACGAGUGCACCAUUAACCCCUGCCACAACGGCGGCACCUGCAUUGACGGCAUCGACAGUUUCAUCUGUGUGUGUCCCGAAGGUUAUCACGACACCACGUGCUUUUCCCAAGUCAACGAAUGUCUCAGCAACCCCUGCAUCCACGGCCGCUGUGAAGACAAGGUCAACGGCUACAAAUGUCUGUGCAAACCAGGCUGGAGCGGCAAGAACUGCAACGUCAACAACAACGAGUGCGAGUCCAACCCGUGCAUGAAAGGAGGCAUCUGUAAGGACAUGACCGACGGAUUUCUUUGCACCUGUCACUCAGGCUUCACCGGACCGUACUGCCAGACCAACAUUAACGAGUGCGGCUCCAACCCCUGCCUCAACCAGGGGACGUGCAUGGACGACGUCGCCAGCUACAAGUGCAACUGUGUCCUGCCUUACACGGGAGAGAACUGUGAAACCCUGAUGGCACCGUGUAGCUCCAGACCCUGUAAACAUGGAGGAGUGUGUCAGGAGUCAGAAGAUUAUCAGAGUUUCUCCUGUGUUUGUCCCAAAGAAUGGCAAGGACAAACCUGUGAGGUGGACAUUAAAGAGUGCGUGAAGAACCCCUGUCUGAAUGGAGCGACCUGCCAGAACACUCUGGGCAGUUAUCACUGCGACUGCAAGCCCAAUCCCUGCAGCAACGGAGGCCAGUGCAAGGACAAGGUGAACGGCUUCCUGUGUACAUGCCUGCCGGGCUUCAGGGGGACAAGAUGUGACGAGGACAUCAACGAGUGCGAGAGCAACCCGUGCAAGAACGGAGCCAACUGCACCGACUAUGUCAACAGCUACACCUGCACCUGCCCACAUGGCUUCAGUGGCAUCCACUGUGAGAACAACACUCCCGACUGCACAGAGAGCUCCUGCAUUAACGGUGGCACCUGCGUGGACGGCAUCGACACCUUCACAUGUCAGUGCCCACCCGGCUUCACAGGGAGCUACUGUCAGCACGACAUCAACGAGUGUGACUCCAAACCCUGCAUGAAUGGAGGCACCUGCCACGACAGCUACGGCACCUACAAGUGCACUUGCCCCCAUGGUUACACUGGACUCAACUGUCAGAACCUGGUGCAUUGGUGCGACUCGUCGCCCUGUAAGAACGGUGGAACGUGCUGGCAGAGAGGAACCACCUACAGCUGUGAAUGUGAGACUGGCUGGACCGGCCUCUACUGCGACGUGCAGAGUGUUUCCUGUGAGGUGGCAUCUAAACAGAGGGGCGUGAAUGUUGCCCAUCUCUGUCGUAACUCGGGUCAGUGUUUGAACGCAGGAAACGUUCACUACUGCCAUUGCCAAAUAGGAUAUACUGGAAGCUACUGCGAGAAGCAGGUGGAUGAAUGCACCCCCAACCCCUGUCAGAACGGCGCCACCUGCACUGACUUCUUAGGAAGAUACACCUGCAAGUGCAUGCCAGGCUUUGUGGGGACCAACUGCUCCAAGGAGAUCAAUGAGUGUUUCUCCCAGCCGUGCCAGAAUGGGGCUAUCUGUAUUGACCUGAUCAAUACCUACAAAUGCUCCUGUCCCCGGGGAACCCAAGGAGUUCACUGCGAGAUUAACAUGGACGACUGCAACCCCUUCACUGACCCCGUCACCAAAGAGCCAAAGUGCUUCAAUAAAGGCAAGUGUGUGGACGGAGUCGGGGGCUAUCACUGCACCUGCCCACCGGGCUAUGUGGGAGAGCGCUGCGAGGGUGACGUCAACGAGUGCCUGUCCAACCCUUGUGACCCGCAUGGUAUGCUCAGCUGCAUCCAGCUAGCCAACAACUACCGCUGCGAGUGUCGCACUGGAUACACAGGUCAACGCUGUGACACUGUGUUCAAUGGCUGUAAGGGCAGACCUUGUAGGAACGGUGGAACCUGCGCUGUGGCCAGUAACACGCCCCACAGUUUCAUUUGCAAAUGUCCUCCUGGCUUCACCGGCUCCACCUGCGAGUACGACGCCCAGGCCUGUGGCACCCUGCACUGUCACAAUGGGGGCACCUGCAUCUCCGGCCACAAGACUCUUAAAUGUCUGUGCACGCCAUCAUUCACCGGGCCCAAGUGCAACUAUCCCACCGACAGCCCCUGUAACUCAGACCCUUACUAUAACGGCGGCACCUGCGAGUACACCACCGAGGCACCGUUCUACCACUGCCUCUGCCCCUCCAACUUCAACGGCCUCCACUGCCACAUCCUGGACUACGGCUUCCAGGGAGGGUUCGGCCACAACAUCACACCGGCCCCAGACCUGGAGGUGGAAUGUCCAAUCCCUCAGUGCAAGAUGCAUAAGGACAACAACCACUGCGACGAGAUGUGCAACAACCACGAGUGCGGCUGGGACAAUGGCGACUGUUCGCUGAACUUCAACGACCCGUGGAAGAACUGCUCCGCCUCGCUGCAGUGCUGGCGCUACUUCAACAAUAGAGUGUGUGACCUGCAGUGUGACAACGCUGGGUGUCUCUACGACGGCUUUGACUGCGAGAAUCUGGAAGGACAGUGCAACCCUCUGUACGACCAGUACUGCAAGGACCAUUAUGCCGACGGCCACUGCGACCAGGGCUGCAACAAUGCCGAGUGUGAGUGGGAUGGCCUGGACUGUGCCAACAACAUGCCUGAGAACCUGGCGGUGGGUCAGCUGGUGCUGGUGGUCCACAUCACGCCUGAUCAGCUCCUGACCAACUCCUCCACCUUCCUGCGCGAGCUGAGCCGCGUCCUUCGCACCAAUGUGGUGUUCAGGAAAAGCACCAAGGGCGAGGUGAUGGUGUAUCCUUACUACGGCAACGAACAGGAGUUGAGGAAGUACAAUGUGAAGCGCUCGGUGGACACGUGGUCCGAGGUUCCCGGUCAGGUUCUGAACGUGGUGAAGAGGAGUCUCAUCGAUGUGGUGGGAAUGAGACGAAAGAGGGAGCUGGACUACCUACAGAUUAAAGGUUCGAUCGUCUACUUGGAGGUGGACAAUCGUCAGUGCUUCCAGCAGUCCACUGAGUGUUUCCAGAGCACCAUGGACACUGCAGCCUUCCUGGGAGCUUUGGCCUCCAGUGGCAAACUGGACGUUCCAUACAGCAUCAAAGCUGUGUUUAGUAAGUAUUUGAUAAAAAAAGAAAUUGCAUGGAAGGGAACUGUGUUGUUACUUACUGUUAAGUUUAAGUUCAGCAAAGUCAUCUGGUUUAGUAAGGUUACGUCGAGCUUUGAAGUGCACACCCCCCUUUCCUGUUUGUUGGUUGUGCUGACGCUGCAGUCCUUUAUCUCUCAUGACCCUCCUCCACCAGAUGGAUACACUCCCCUGAUGAUCGCCUUCUGCAGCGGGGGAGGUCUGGAGACAGGCAACAGCGAGGAAGAGGAGGACGCGUCCGCCAACGUGAUCAACGACAUCAUUUACCAGGGCGCCAACCUGCACAAUCAGACCGACCGCACGGGCGAAACCGCUCUCCACCUGGCCGCCCACUAUGCCCGCUCCGACGCUGCCAAACGCCUCCUGGAGGCGAGUGCCGAUGCUAACAUCCAGGACAACAUGGGCCGGACGCCGUUGCACGCCGCUGUGGCUGCUGACGCACAGGGAGUGUUUCAGAUUCUGAUCAGAAACCGUGCCACAGACCUGGACGCCCAUAUGCACGAUGGGACCACGCCCCUGAUCUUGGCUGCCAGGCUGGCAGUGGAGGGCAUGGUUGAAGAGCUCAUCAACUGCCACGCUGAUGUCAAUGCUGUCGAUGAUUUUGGUAAAUCAGCAUUACACUGGACAGCAGCUGUGAAUAAUGUGGAUGCUGCCAUUGUGCUGCUGAAGAACGGUGCCAACAAGGACAUGCAGAACAACAAGGAGGAAACGCCUCUGUUCUUAGCAGCCAGAGAAGGAAGCUAUGAGACCACCAAGGUUCUACUGGACCACUUUGCCAACAGGGAAAUCACGGACCACAUUGACCGACUGCCCAGAGACAUCGCUCAGGAGAGAAUGCACCACGACAUUGUGCGACUGAUGGACGAGUACAACCUGGUACGAAGUCCUCCCAUGCACGGGGGGUCAUUUAGCGUCACAUUGUCACCCCCUCUCUGUUCGCCCAACGGUUACCUGAGCAACAUGAAGCAGCCACAGGGGCAAAACCAGAGCAAGAAGGCCCGGAAACCUAGCGCCAAGGGCAUCGGCUGUAAGGAUGGUAAAGACAUGAAGAUCAAGAAGAAUUCCCAGGACAGGAAGACCGGGAACCUCCUGGACAGUUCAGCUGUCCUGUCGCCCAUCGACUCUUUGGAGUCUCCGCACGGAUACGUCUCCGAUGUGAGCUCACCUUUCCAGCAGUCGCCCUCCGUAUCCUUGAACCAUCUGCAGGGAAUGUCCGACCCACAUCUUCCUGUAAACCACAUGGUUAUGCCCAAGAAGCAGGAACUGGCACGGAUGCAGUUCGACCCGCUACCACCCCGUCUCACUCAACCUCCCGUGUCGGGCUCCAGCGACCAGGGCGACAUGAACGGUCAGUGCGACUGGCUCUCCAGGAUGCACGGCAACAGCCAACCGGGGCAGUUCAAUCCCCUGAGAGGAGGUCCUGGCAUUCAGGUGGGCCUCCACCAGGGGGCUCAGCAUGGCAUGAUGACCUCCCUCUACAAUGGCAUUCCCACCUCUAGUCUGUCGCAGAUGAUGACCUACCAGGGGAUCCAGAGCACCAGGAUGGGUCCACAGUCCCACAUCAUGCAGCAGCAGCAGAUUCAGCAGAUACAGAACCUCCAGCAGAUCCAACAACAACAGCAGAACCUCCAGCUACAGCAUCAGUCCUCAAACAACUCCAACAACCAGAAUUUCAUCAGUGGCGAGCUGACAUCUCCUGAUCUCCAGCAGGGCGGCGGCGGCAGCUCCCGCCUCGCCCAGGACAACAUGGGCCGGACGCCGUUGCACGCCGCUGUGGCUGCUGACGCACAGGGAGUGUUUCAGAUUCUGAUCAGAAACCGUGCCACAGACCUGGACGCCCAUAUGCACGAUGGGACCACGCCCCUGAUCUUGGCUGCCAGGCUGGCAGUGGAGGGCAUGGUUGAAGAGCUCAUCAACUGCCAAGCUGAUGUCAAUGCUGUCGAUGAUUUUGGUAAAUCAGCAUUACACUGGACAGCAGCUGUGAAUAAUGUGGAUGCUGCCAUUGUGCUGCUGAAGAACGGUGCCAACAAGGACAUGCAGAACAACAAGGAGGAAACGCCUCUGUUCUUAGCAGCCAGAGAAGGAAGCUAUGAGACCACCAAGGUUCUACUGGACCACUUUGCCAACAGGGAAAUCACGGACCACAUUGACCGACUGCCCAGAGACAUCGCUCAGGAGAGAAUGCACCACGACAUUGUGCGACUGAUGGACGAGUACAACCUGGUACGAAGUCCUCCCAUGCACGGGGGGUCAUUUAGCGUCACAUUGUCACCCCCUCUCUGUUCGCCCAACGGUUACCUGAGCAACAUGAAGCAGCCACAGGGGCAAAACCAGAGCAAGAAGGCCCGGAAACCUAGCGCCAAGGGCAUCGGCUGUAAGGAUGGUAAAGACAUGAAGAUCAAGAAGAAUUCCCAGGACAGGAAGACCGGGAACCUCCUGGACAGUUCAGCUGUCCUGUCGCCCAUCGACUCUUUGGAGUCUCCGCACGGAUACGUCUCCGAUGUGAGCUCACCUUUCCAGCAGUCGCCCUCCGUAUCCUUGAACCAUCUGCAGGGAAUGUCCGACCCACAUCUUCCUGUAAACCACAUGGUUAUGCCCAAGAAGCAGGAACUGGCACGGAUGCAGUUCGACCCGCUACCACCCCGUCUCACUCAACCUCCCGUGUCGGGCUCCAGCGACCAGGGCGACAUGAACGGUCAGUGCGACUGGCUCUCCAGGAUGCACGGCAACAGCCAACCGGGGCAGUUCAAUCCCCUGAGAGGAGGUCCUGGCAUUCAGGUGGGCCUCCACCAGGGGGCUCAGCAUGGCAUGAUGACCUCCCUCUACAAUGGCAUUCCCACCUCUAGUCUGUCGCAGAUGAUGACCUACCAGGGCAUCCAGAGCACCAGGAUGGGUCCACAGUCCCACAUCAUGCAGCAGCAGCAGAUUCAGCAGAUACAGAACCUCCAGCAGAUCCAACAACAACAGCAGAACCUCCAGCUACAGCAUCAGUCCUCAAACAACUCCAACAACCAGAAUUUCAUCAGUGGCGAGCUGACAUCUCCUGAUCUCCAGCAGGGCGGCGGCGGCAGCUCCCGCCUCGCCAUUUUACCAAAGGAAACACAGAUCAUGCCCACCUCCAUAAACCAGUCCAUCGCGAGCACGCAGUUCCUCACCCCUCCCUCGCAGCACAGCUACUCAGGCCCCACGGACAACACCCCCAACCAUCAAGUCCAGGUGCCUGACCAUCCUUUUCUGACCCCGUCGCCAGGCUCUCCCGACCAGUGGUCCAGUUCGUCUCCUCAUUCCAAUCUCUCAGACUGGUCAGAGGGCAUUUCCAGCCCCCCCACGAGCAUGCAGUCUCAGAUCGGACAUAUACCUGAACAGUUCAAAUAAAAAGACGCCCAGAGAAGCUGCUCCCUAUUUUUGACAUCACAAUAAAAAAAAAAGGCACUCUUUGUGGGGAAGUUUUAAAACAAUAUUUUAUAUAAUGUUUGUUUUCAUACUAACAGUAACACCUGUUGUAAUCCAUUCUUUUUUUUCUUUUUUUUAUUAAUGUUUUAUUUAUAUGCACUUCCUGCUCGAUGAAGAAUGUUGGGUUGUAGCAGGACGCAGACUUUUAGAGAAUUUUUUUCUUAUUGUCAGUGAAGUCACAGCAAAAACACUGGGUAUUUAUUUUCUUUCAUCUUUAUUUUUUACAUAUGAUUUUUCAAUCGUAUCAUUUUAUGGUUUUGUUCGUAUAAUCAUGUUUAUAGAGAAAAAUCGAGUUCGAGGGGCAUUUCGUGGAGCACAUUUUAUGUCUCAGUGUUAUUUUAAACGGUGGUGUAAGUUUGGCAAAUAUUCUAGACAGCGCUGACGAAUGCCGAUAUUUCACCCACCCCUUCCUGUUGUUUUAAAAAAAAGUUUUUACGUUCACUCUAGACUUGUGUAUAUUUACACAGCAUCUAGAUCCGAUCCCCUUCACACAUAUGUAGAGAUAUGAUAUGUCAGUGAUGUGAUAUAUGAUGUACAGUGUAAGAGAAGAAGACUUGGCAGUCUUUCACUGUCGGAAACCCCAGCCCACUGGCCGCAGUGUUUGUUUUUGUGCAGAGGGAAAAGGAAACUGUAAUUUUUUCCCCGGUCCCUCCUAUUAGUUUAAGCCUAUGGCUGUGUUCAUCCAUUUUGUAAAUACGUUCCCUCGUAAGCAAGAUUUUGUAAGAAAUAUGUCUUAGGCAUUGAUGGCACAGAUAGAGCGCCUUUGACAUAUUGAACAGAACAGAAUAUACACGUAAAUGUAUAUAAAUAUAUAUUUUCUACUCUCUUAUGCAUACAAAAAAUAGGCUAUGUAAGAAUGGAUACAAUAUAUUGUUAGAAGACAUUUUUCGGAAGAUUACGUUCUGAUAUAAUUUGCUGUUCUGUUACAAAAAUAUCUACUGGGGCAUCAUCUGUGUAUGUUUUUGGUGUAAUUUUUUUUUCUUUUUUUUUAGAAUUUGAGCAAGUGAAAAAAAACUGGCAGUUCUCAGCUGUGUCCACGUCAAUUCUUUAUGAUAAGCUCCAUGGUUUUCUUUUGCAGAUGUUAUAAUGAAGAAAAAAAAUAGGGUUGUAGUGAAUGUGCAAUGUGUUUUCUUCCUCUGAAAAAAAAAUGUGAUUUUCAAAUGAUGUAUUUUUACCUUUUCAUUUUCUAUCUGUAAAGAUGUUCUUUGUUAUAAUAAAGGAC